UCGGGUUUCCGUUCGACGACGUCCUCCUCUCCCCGACGCCUCUCUCUCAUGGACCCCGGAUUCACGUUCGACGCUGGGAGCUCCGACGAGGAACUCGAGAGGAAGGAGGAGGAGGAGGAGGAAGAAGAAGGAGCCGAAGAAGAAGGAGAAGAAGAAGAAGGCGAGGGAGACGAGGAAGAAGGAGGGCCAAGGGUCAGGAAGAAGGCGCAGUCACCAUGGGACUUCUCCGGCCACUCCAAGUCCGUUGAGGAAGAGCACGCCCUUAGGAACACCACCUCCAUCGACGACAAGAUAUUCAGAGCUCGCUUGGAGCGCCAGGUCGUCGUCCCUGAGGUCCCUGGUGCCGACGAUGCGGCUGCCGAGGAGGACAAACGAGAAAGUUUUAAAUUGGAAGAAGAAGAAUCUGGAGCUACCAGGACCGAAGCCAGUACCUUUUUCAGUUCAUCUGAUGGAGCUUGUUUUCAUGCAAAUUCAUUCAUUGAGCUGAACCUAUCUCGUCCUUUGCUGAGAGCAUGUGAAGCUCUGGGAUACCAGAAGCCCACACCUAUCCAGGCUGCAUGCAUCCCAUUAGCAUUAACUGGACGAGAUAUUUGUGGAAGUGCCAUAACUGGUUCUGGAAAGACAGCAGCCUUUAGUUUGCCUGUCUUGGAGAGGUUGAUUUUCCGUCCCAAGCGUGUAUUAGCUAUUAGGGUGCUUGUUCUUACUCCUACUAGGGAGUUGGCUGUGCAGGUUCAUAGCAUGAUUGAAAAGCUUGCACAAUUUACUGACAUCCGUUGUUGCCUAGUUGUUGGUGGCCUAUCAAUGAAGAUGCAAGAGGCAGCAUUGAGAUCCAGGCCCGAUAUUGUUGUAGCAACACCUGGCAGAAUGAUUGACCAUCUUCGAAAUUCUCAGUCUGUUGGGCUGGAAGAGCUUGCAAUUUUGAUCCUUGAUGAGGCAGACCGACUUCUGGAGCUUGGAUUUAGUGCAGAAAUUAAUGAAUUGGUUAAACUUUGUCCAAGACAGAGACAAACAAUGUUGUUUUCAGCUACAAUGACUGAUCAAGUUGACGAACUGGUUAAGCUUUCACUAAAUAAACCAGUUCGUUUAGCAGCUGAUCCAUCCAUGAAACGGCCUGCAACACUUUCUGAGGAGGUAGUUAGGAUUCGUCCUACAAGGGAAGCAAAUAAAGAGGCCAUUCUUCUAUCGCUUUGCUCGCGAAAUUUUGUGAACAAAGUUAUAAUAUUCUGUGGGACCAGAAAGGAAGCACAUCUGUUGAAAAUAUUGUUUGGUCUUGCUGGUUUUAAAGCUGCUGAACUCCAUGGUGAUCUAACACAGGCUCAACGCCUUGAUGCUUUGGAGCUUUUCAGGAAACAGCAAGUGGAUUUUCUGAUUGCAACUGAUGUUGCUGCUCGUGGUCUUGAUAUAAUUGGCGUGCAAACAGUAGUGAAUUUUUCAUGUCCUCAGGAUAUAAACAGCUAUGUUCAUAGAGUAGGUCGCACUGCAAGAGCUGGGAGGGGUGGGCAUGCUGUGACUUUCAUAACUGAAAGAGAUCGGUCCCUCUUGAAGGGCAUUGUCAAGAAAGCUGGUUCCAAGCUUUUAAGUCGUACAGUGGCAGAGACUUCUGUAGUUAAGUGGUGCAACUGGAUUGAGCAAAUGGAAGAUCAAGUGGCUGAAAUUCUUCAGGAAGAAAGGGAAGAGAGGGCAUUGAGGAGGGCUGAAAUGGAAGCAGCUAAGGCUGAACAUAUGAUCGAGCACAAAACUGAGAUAUUUUCUCGUCCCAAGAAAACCUGGUUCGAGACAGGAAGAGAGAAGAAGCUUGCAGCUAAAGCUGCAAAGGCUUCCAAAGAGAACCAUCUAGGCAGUGUAAAUACGACACUAAGUGUGCAGCAAUCAGAUGAUCAGAAGGAGAAGGAGAAGAGGCAGCGAGAGCGAGAGAAAAGCAUGCCUCGGAAGAAACGGAGAAGACUGGAAGCAGCUAGAGAAGCAGCUAGUGAAGGACAUGAAACGACAGACCUUGAGGAGGUCAAGGAUAAGAAGCAGAAGGUGGGUGUAGGUAAAUCUCUUGUUGACAUCGGAUAUCGACGGGCUAAGUCAGUUAAGGCGUCCCAAAAAGCACAGCAAGCUGGUAAGAUUGUGGGCAAUGCGAAGAAGAAACUUGGGAAAGCUUCUCACAGACAUAAAAGUAGGAAAGAGGAGAUGAAAGAUCUAUUUCAAAGUGAAAUGAGUUCAAAAAAGAGGGAAAUGAAGACAACGCAUGGAGGUGGCAGGAAGAAAAACUCAAAGAAUUCCUUCAAGAGCAAAUCAAGGUAUAAACGUAAGUAGAAUGAAGCUACCAAUAUUUCUGGAAUACCGCAGCUACUCAUGAGAAAAGAUGACACGAGUGGUUCCGUCAUUUCCAUCUGGUAGUCCGAGGGACAACCGAUCCGUCAUGUCUUGCAUUGUUUUUCCUCCAAUGCAGGCUUAUACCAUGUCUCGUUUUUCUGUGUUUCCUCCCGGGAAUUAGUUUGGCAACUGACAGUUAUUCAGACGGAGCAUUUUGGUUGAGGAACUUCAGGUUUUGCAUCUGUAUCAUAGGAAAAAGGAAAUAUUCAUUCCAGGACGGGUCGCAUUAUGUCUUGUAGCAGAAGUUGCAAUCCAUAGUGUACCUAAAACCUUAGCUUUUGGAACUUGAAUCAUCAAUAUUUUUUAAUACAUAAAUUUUAUUUGAAUA